AUCAGUAACAGAUUUGGUUGAAGAAUUUCACUGUCACAGUGAUGAAAAUGUACAACCAACCACCGAUCGACGAGCUAUUCGAACACUUUGGACAUCUGCUAUUAUUUGUUUAAUUUUUAUCAUUUCUGAACUUAUCGGUGGCUAUUUAGCUCAUUCUCUUGCAAUUAUUACCGAUGCAGCACAUUUAUUAACUGAUUUCGCCGGUAUGCUGAUAUCAUUAUUUGCUCUUUACAUGUCAAAAAGGCCCGCAUCACAACGAAUGAGUUUUGGCUGGCACCGUGCGGAAGUAAUGGGUGCAUUUAUUUCCGUUUUUAUGAUUUGGAUCAUAACCGGAAUAUUAGUUUAUAUGGCUAUCGAUCGGAUCACUCGAGAUUCCUAUCAUAUUGACGCUUCUAUUAUGGCAAUUACUGCAGCAUUGGGUGUUUUCGUUAAUUUCAUUAUGGCGAUAUUACUCUAUUUUGGAGGACAUACACAUUCUCAUAAUGGUCAUAUGCAUUUGUCGCACUGUACAAAUUCGGGUAAUACUGCCAACAUUAAUGUACGGGCAGCUAUGAUUCAUGUUAUCGGGGAUUUAUUACAAAGUAUUGGGGUACUUAUUGCAGCAAUGCUCAUAUUUUUCAAUAAAUCGUGGUCUAUAGCAGAUCCUAUCUGUACGCUAUUUUUUUCAAUUACCGUCCUUUGUACCACAAUUUACAUUAUUCGAGAUGCAAUGUUUGUCCUACUGGAAGGUUCACCCUCAAGUAUUAAUUUUCGUACUGUAUUCGAUUCAUUGGAACGAAUUAACGGUGUUGAAAAAGUGCAUAAUUUACGAAUAUGGUCAUUAACGCUUGAUAAAAUAGCAAUAAGCGUACAUUUGGAAAUUACGCCAGGCGCAAACGCUCAAUGGAUUUUAAAACAAACAACGCAAAUGUUACGAGAUAAAUAUAAUGUAUUAGAAAGUACAGUACAAAUUGAAGGUUAUGAUCCAGAAAAGCAAGACUGCAAUAAAUGUAUACCGCCAGCUUUGUAA